CAGCGUGCUGUGGGGGGUUGGGUCGCGAAGGCGCUGGAGACGCUCUCGCGGUGGUGUUUUCGCGCCUUUUUCGAGGUCCGGUCUGGUCACUGCUUCUCCGGGAGGCCUCAGGUGUCUCCACCACAACUUGUGUGGUGUGAGGGACAUGGCGAGGACGCCGGGACACCCCGGGAGCCGAGAAACAGACUUGGUCUCCUUUGAGGAUGUGGCUGUGAACUUCACACUGGAGGAGUGGGCUUUGCUGGAUCAUUCACAGAGAGUACUCUACAGAGAUGUUAUGUGGGAAACCUUCAGGAACCUGCAGUCAAUAGGAAAAAAACAGAAAGACCAGAGCAUUGAAGAUCAGUACAAAAAACAGGGGAGAAAUCUCAGAAGUCAUAUGGUGGAGAAACUUGAUGACAGUAAAGAAGGUAGCCAAUGUGAACAAAGUUUCAGCCAGAUUCCAAAUCUCAGUCUGAACAAGAAAACUCAUACUGAAGUAAAGCCAUAUAAAUGCAGUGUGUGUGGAAAACUCUUCAUUUGUAGUUCAUCCCUUAAUAGGCACAUUAUAUCUCACAGCAGACACAAACCAUAUAAGUGUCGAGAAUAUGGAGAGAAGCCAUAUAAAUGUAAGGAAUGUGGCAAAGGCUUCAGUUAUCUACAAUCUUUUAAAAAACAUAAAAGAACGCAUAGUGCAGAAAUAUCCUACAAAUGUAAGGACUGUGGGAAAGCCUUCAGUUGUAGAUAUUCUUUACAAAUACAUGGAAGAACUCAUGUUGGAGGGAAACCGUAUGAAUGUAAAAAAUGUGGAAAAGCAUUCAGAUAUCUCCAGUCUGCUCAAGUACAUGAAAAGUCUCAUAGUGGAGAGAAACCAUACAAAUGUAAAGAAUGUGGAAAAACCUUCAGUUAUCGCCAUAGUGUUCGCAAACAUGAAAGGAAUCACACUUCACAAAAAUAUUAUGAAUGUAAACAAUGUGGGAAAACCUACAUGUCUUCUCUAGGUUUUAGAGCACAUGAAAGAACCCACACUGGAGAGAAACCCUAUGAAUGUAAAAAAUGUGGAAAAGCAUUCAUGUAUCACUACUCUGCUCAAAGACAUGAAAAGACUCACACUGGAGAGAAACCCUACAAAUGUAAGGAAUGUGGGAAAGCUUUCAGUUAUCACCAUACUGCUCAAAAACAUGAAAGGAAUCACACUGAUCAGAAACGCUAUGAAUGUGAACAAUGUGGAAAAACUUACAUGACUCCUCUAGGCUUUCGUGCACAUGUAAGUACCCACACUGGAGAGAAACUCUAUGAGUGCAAAAAAUGUGGAAAAGUGUUCAAAUAUAGCCAGUCUAUGAAAACACAUGAAAGGACUCAUACUGGAGAUAAACCAUACAAAUGUAAGGAAUGUGGAGAAGCCUUCAGUUGUCGCUAUUAUGCUCAAAAACAUGAAAGGACUCACACUGCAGAGAAAGAGUAUGAAUGUAAAACAUGUGGGAAAACCUACAUUUCUCCUCUAGGUUUCCGAACACACGAAAGGACUCACACUGGAGAGAAACCCUAUAAGUGUAAGGAAUGCGGGAAAGCCUUCAUGUACCUUACAAGUGUUCGAAUACACAUGAUAUCACAUACAGGAGAUGGGCCUUAUAAAUGUAAGGAAUGUGGGAAAGCAUUCAGUUGUUGCAGUUCCUUUCAAAAACAUGAAAGAACUCACACUGGAGAAAAACCCUAUGAAUGUAAACAAUGUGGUAAAGCCUUCAGUCAUUCCAGUUAUAUUCACAUGCAUGAAAGAAUUCAUACUGGAGAGAAACCCUAUGAAUGUAGGGAAUGUAGAAAAUCCUUCAGCUUUCUUACAGCCUUUCAAGUACACAUGAGAAUGCAUAAUAGAAAUGAACCUUACAAAUGUCAGGAAUGUGGCAAAACCUUCCGUUGGCGUGCAUCCCUACAAAAACAUGCAAGGAGAGUGCACACUGAAUAGAAACACUAAAAUGUAAUAAAUGUAGAAAAUUUUUCAAUUUUAACUAUUUUCAAAGUCAUAUGAAAAUUAACAUUGGAGAGAAGUUGUAUGAAUGUAUGUAAUAUGGUAAAUCCUGAUACAAAUUAAUUCAUGUAUAAUGCUCUAGAAUAUUCAUGCCACGAAAGAAAUGUUGUAAAAUUAUAAAUGUAUUAUCUUCAUCAGUGUCACGUUCUUUUUUGUUUGCCUGUUUUUGAGAUGAGGUC